AUGGCUGCCAGGGCAUUGUACAACAUCGGCAACGUGUACCACGCCAAGGGCAAGCAGCUCUCCUGGAACGCCGCACAGGACCCCGGGCACCUGCCGCCCCAUGUCCGGGAGCCACUGCGCAGAGCCUCCGAGUUCUAUGAGAGGAACCUGUCCCUCGUGAAGGAGCUGGGCGACCGGGCGGCCCAGGGCAGGGCGUAUGGCAACCUGGGCAACACACACUACCUGCUGGGGAGCUUCGUGGAGGCCACGACCUUCCACAAGGAGCGCCUGGCCAUUGCUAAGGAAUUUGGAGACAAGGCGGCCGAGAGGAGGGCGUACAGCAACCUGGGGAACGCCCACAUCUUCCUGGGGCGCUUUGACGUGGCCGCCGAGUACUACAAGAAGACGCUGCAGCUGUCCCGGCAGCUCAAGGACCAGGCGGUGGAGGCACAGGCCUGCUACAGCCUGGGCAACACCUACACUCUGCUGCAGGACUACGAGCGCUCGGCCGAGUACCACCUUCGGCACCUGCUCAUCGCCCAGGAGCUGGCCGACAGAGUGGGAGAGGGCCGGGCGUGCUGGAGCUUGGGGAAUGCCUACGUGUCCAUGGGGAGCCCGGCACAGGCCCUGACCUUCGCCAAGAAGCACCUGGAGAUCUCCCAGGAGAUCGGGGACCGAAACGGGGAGCUCACGGCCCGCAUGAACGUGGCACAGUUGCAGCUGGUGCUGGGCCGGCUGAGCAGCCCCGCGGCCACGGAGAAGCCCGACCUGGCCGGCUACGAGGCCCAAGGUGCCAGGCCCAAGAGGACACAGAGGCUGAGUGCAGAGACCUGGGGCCUGCUGAGGCUCCCCCUGGAACGGGAGCAGAAUGGAGACAGCCACCAGCUGGGGGAGUGGCGGGGGCCGGGCAGGGACAUGCUCCCGCUCCCCGUGAGGAGCAGGAAGUACCAGGAGGGGCCGGAGACCGCUGAGAGGCCCCGCGAGGGCGGCCACUCCCCGCUGGACAGCGCGGACGUCCGGGUGCAGGUGCCUCGCACGAGCAUCCCUCGGGCCCCGUCCUCCGACGAGGAGUGCUUCUUUGACCUGCUGAGCAAGUUCCAGAGCAGCCGCAUGGAUGACCAGCGCUGUACCCUGGAGGAGGGUCAGCCCGGGGCCGCCGAGGCCACCGCCGCCCCCAGCCUGGAGGAGAGGGUCGCCCGGCCCUCGCUGACGGCCUCCCCGCAGACCGAAGAGUUCUUCGACCUGAUCGCCAGCUCGCAGAGCCGCCGGCUGGACGACCAGCGUGCCAGCGUAGGCAGCUUGCCUGGGCUCCGUAUCACCCACAACAACCUGGGACACCUGCGUGCCGACGGGGACCCGCAGGAGCCUGGGGACGAGUUCUUCAACAUGCUCAUCAAGUGCCAGUCCGCCAGGAUCGACGACCAGCGCUGCCCGCCUCCCGACGUGCUGCCCCGAGGCCCCACCAUGCCUGACGAGGACUUCUUCAGCCUCAUCCAGAGGGUGCAGGCCAAGCGGAUGGACGAACAGCGGGUUGACCUCGCCGGGAGCCCGGAGCAGGAGGUCAGCGGGAGACCCGAGCCCCGGCAGCAGUGCCAGCCUGGCGCCACCUAA